GUAUAGCUAUAGUGUGGGAACUCUUUCCAAUGUUUUAAAUCAUUCAUCUUAAGAAGAGUUUUUUUUACGUUUUUUUUUUUCCUGAGGAAGGAUACGUUUAUUUUUUCAUAUAUAUAAUUCCUACAGCGUCGUUUCCACCUUCGGGUUCCCCUGUGGGACGUCAAAAGUGAAAGGUAAAGUGGAAGCCUUCCCUACUUUCCUCUUCGUGCAGAGACCGGGAUCCUGCUCGUAAAAAGAAGAUGGCGGGAACGCCACGUAAGAAGCUGGACGCCAUUCUCCUGGUGUUGGGGCUGCUGUCAGUCUCUCUGGCGUCAGCCGCUGACACGACAACCACCGAAAUCUCCCCCACUCCUGCCGAAUCGGCUGACACGACCGAACCGCUGAACACAACCUUCGACGUCCCUGCCGCUGAGGUCGGCGUAGUAGAAGUUUCCUCGCAACAACCCGAGAUUUCUGAAGACAGUUCUACUGGACAGAUCGCCGCGGCCAUUGAAAGCGCGCCUCGAGAUGGAACGUCGGUAGAGAACGCUACCGGUAAACAAGAGACCGGGAUUGACGAGACCGCUCCCAGUAAACAGACGGAGCCACUGACCACAGAGGACACUCCUCCCAGUGAAAAAGAGGACCCAGUUGACAGCGAUGUCACCGCGGUUGAUGGUCCUCAGGAUCAAACAACGACCGAGGCUUCUGCAGAUGAUGUCAAGAGCGAUGUGUACACGGACCACAGAGACAUCAGAAUCGCUGAGGAGAAGGCUAAAGAGAAGGAACUCGUUAACAACAUAGAUGAAGCUGCGAGGAAUGAGAAGCCUGGAAGAUGUCCGUCCCGGCUGAUGGAGCCGAGUCUUUGUCCGGACGACGUAGCGAUCAGUGUAACCACGACGGAGAGUGUGCUGGAGCAGCUAAGUGUUGUUCCACGGGAUGUGCCGAGUCUGCGUCAGAUCUAUGAAGUCCACUUGCGAACUGCAACGCGAAAAUACCCUGAGACGAGGCCGUGACCUGGGCAUUGACCUCAACUCGCUGAUGACCCCGGACUGCGUGACCUCGGGGAACUUCGCCCCCAUCCAGUGCGACGGGAACAACUGCUACUGCGUCGACGAACACAGCGGCUACGAACUCCCGGGGACUCGAGCCAGGAGCAUCGAGUUUGUCAACUGUUCGGCGCCCAAACCAUGCGCCGGCUACCAGUGCCGGAUGCUGUGUCCUUACGAGUUCGAGCUGGACGAGGAGGGAUGCCCCCUCUGCCAGUGCAGGGACCCCUGCCGAGACAUCGCUUGCCCCGGAGAGACAUCCUGCACUCUGGAAGAGGCCCCUUGCGCUGCCGAGCCCUGCCCUCCUCUCCCCACCUGUAAGCAAGCCCGAAGCCUCUCGUCCAUGUGUCCCCUGGGAGAUCCUCUCCUGUUGGACGAGAUCCAGAAGAAGCCCUUCCUCUGUGGCACCGACCCUGGCAAGCCUGAGUGCCCACCUCUCUACAAGUGCCACGUCUCCAGAGGCCGAGACUACGGCGUGUGCUGCGCGGCCGUGGACGAGCUCAAGAAACCCGGGGAGUGUCCUUUGGAAGACGGGAACUCCCUGGUAGGCGCUGACGGAGAGCAGGAGGAAAUGAGAUGUGGUGCCUCCUGCCUACACGACCUUCAGUGCCCCUCCACGCAGAAGUGCUGCAUCUCGGAGAUCUGUGGCCAGCACUGCGUACAGCCCGCUAAUCUGACAGCCUGCCUGCAACAGAGAAUGAUCGCCGAGCUGCUGAUCGUCACCGAACGGGAGGGAAAAGGAUACGUUCCCCAGUGCCGAGAGGAGGACGGCCUCUACACGGCUCGUCAGUGCUCCAGGAAUGGCCUCAUCUGCUGGUGUGUUGACCCCGAGGGCAAUAAAUUGUCGAGGACGCUCGGGGCAGCCCACGAGGUCGACUGUAGCAAGGCUGACAAGGUCGUCGCUCAGUCCCGGAAGGCGUGUGCGGACGAGGUUCUCUGCUCCACCAUCUGCGAGUACGGGUAUCAGGUCAGCGAAGAUGGCUGCCCCACCUGCGACUGCGACGACCCGUGCCAGGAACUCACCUGCCCCGUCAACUCCACCUGCGUCAUGAGGUCCAACUCGGACUGCGACGGGCAUGGAUGCUCAGCUACGCCUAUGUGUCUGUCCAACGAUUCAGACGAGUUAAUGGUGCCCACGACUGCAGCCACUCCAACCCCGACACCUUCACCCAUUUGCCCCAACGGCCUGACUCCAUUCACCGUCGGGGGCAUCGUAGCCACCUGUGAUAAUGAAGAUGCCACGUGCCCCUCCGAUUACAUGUGUACUCCUCCUAAUAACCCAGGGGGCAAGCCUGCAUGUUGCCCUGUGGUUGACAUUGUUGAAGCGACCAAACCAGGACAGUGUCCAUUUGUACGAUCGGCCACCGAGGACGUGUGCAGCGGACAGCGAUGCUCGUCGGACAAAGAAUGCAGUGGAAACUUGAAGUGCUGUGUAGUCCCUGCCUGUGGGCCCUCUUGCAUUGCUCCCCAGACGCAGAAUUUGUCACUUGACCAGGACCUCCUUCAGGGACCUACAAUGUGUGAAUACCUUCGUGACCUUGUUGAACUGGAGGGAGUGACUUUAGCUGUGCCAAAACCAUCUUGUGAUCCAAAUGGUGCCUAUGAACAGGUUCAGUGCAAUGUUCUUGGUCAGUGCUGGUGUGUGGAUGACUUUGGCACUGAGAUUCCUGGCACCAAAGCCUCUUCAAGAGAACUUGUAGCUUGUGAUAGAGUACGUGCAGCUCUGACAUGUGGCGAGAUGUUGUGCCGUCUUGGAUGUGACUAUGGCUUCAUCCUUGACCCUGAUACUGCUUGUCCUCUGUGCCAGUGCCGAGAUCCUUGUCAGAGUGUCGCAUGCCCCACCAGUCAUGUCUGUCAGAUGGUGGACAUACCAUGUGUAGAUGGAGUUUGCCCUGCCAUUCCUCAGUGCGUUCUUGUGAUAGAGCCACAGGCUGCUCCUUUGUGUCCUGUUGGAGAGCCCUACACCCUUCCAGAAACAAAUGCCACGUUAGCCUGCAGCCCAAGGGCAAGAGCUCUGGAAUGCCCUGAAACGUACUCCUGCUAUGCUGACGAGAGCACUAUUGAGGGAGUCUGUUGCCCAAGUCCAAGAAAGAAAGAAAAACCAGGCCAGUGUCCUUUCCUUGUACCAUCAAUGAGUGGAAGCUGUGAUCUUGAGUGUUCAGAUGAUUCUCACUGUGCUGGUGACAAUAAAUGCUGCAGCAAUGGUUGUGGUACUCAAUGCCUGCAGCCAAUUAAAAUGACAGCCUGUGAACAUCAACGCACUUUGCUGGAACACAGAGCCAGAGAAGCAGGUAUAUCUUCUGGUCGAGUAUAUCUUCCUCAGUGCGAUGAAACUGGUGCAUUCCUCCCUACACAGUGUCACCCUGCAACUCUUACAUGUUGGUGUGUCGAUACACAAGGUUUAGAAGUACCAGGCACACGUGUAAGUCAGCCUGCACACCCCAACUGCCAGGAGCCACUUGUGUGCCCAGCUAUGAAUUGUGAUCUUGCCUGCUUACAUGGAUAUCGUCUAGACGAUUCUGGAUGCCCAGUUUGUGCCUGCCGUGACCCAUGUGAAGAAGUGACAUGUGCAACACCUCUAGAAGAAUGUCGCAUUGUCCAUGUUGCUUGUGUUGAUGAACCGUGUCCACCUUUGCCUGUGUGUCUGCCAAAGCUGGAAAAUCCCUGCCCACAUGGUUCACCCUUGAGGACAAAUGAGAGCGUGGUCGAGUGUGGACCAGAAGGAAACACUUGCCCCUCUAGCCACAAAUGUCACCUCUCUCCACUUGGAGAAUAUGCCUUGUGUUGCCCCAAAGCUCGUGAAGUAUGCUAUGAACCAAAGGACUCAGGAUAUUGUGAAGGGGCCAUCAAACGUUGGUACUUCAACAGGGAAUCUAAUCGAUGUGAAACUUUCCGGUUUGGAGGCUGUGGUGGAAAUCUCAACAACUUUGAGACAGAGGAGGAAUGUCUUGCCACAUGUCCUUUGCUCACAACUUGUGAAAAAAUGAGAGAAGUUAAUUUAAGGAAUGUUGAAAAAGUUAAAAAGAUUACCUUCAUUCCUAAAUGUGAGAAAACAUCUGGAGCAUGGCUUCCUGAACAAUGCCUUGAAGAACUUGGCGUCUGUUGGUGCGUUACACCUCAGGGUGACCAAGUUCCUGGGUCUCUAACUCGGGGAGCUCCUCAAUGUCAGGGCACCUCCAGGUCUGCGAGAAAGAUGAACUUUGAUCCAAGUACACCCACUAAUAUGAUUUGUGAACCUGGCCAAACUGUACACGUGUGUGAUAAGAACUUGUGUGAGAACCAGGUCUGUUUCUCACACCCCCAUGCUGUGUGCCGAGUUAAUCCUUGUGGAGGGUGUGCUGUGCAAUUUGUAGAUGAAUUUAAUUCUCCAGUGAAUUGUGAAGUAGGACUGACUGAGUGCCAGAGAGAACUCCAGCGUGUUCUUAAUUCACCAUUGUUCACUAGGCCCCCUGUGACUUUCAGUGGUGGUCGACCCUUCACAGUGGCACAUGUUGACAGUCAAGUUCACCACGAUGUAGACCUCUUCCGAAAUGUUGAUGUAUAUCAUGCUGUGCCCUUGGAUCAAGAAGCUGUGGAAUCUCAGGGCAUGCGAAAGAGCCGUCAGUUUACCAUUGACAAAAAUGGGGAUCUUACUGUCUCCGGUGAUGUUGUAGAGGAGGCUCAAAUACAUGCCAGAUCUGCACGUGCACUACCACAGGAAGGUGCACCAGUCUCUCCUUUAGCUGAAUCAACUCUAGUAGAUCCGGAGGACCUUGCAAGGAGACUAAAAAGUUCAGUUGAUGCAUCUUCUGAAGUGUAUCCCAGCUUGGAUAAAUUUUCCUCUAGACUUAUCCUUGAAGAUUCUUUUGAGCCAAUCCCUACUGAAGAUUUCUCACUUGAGACAAUUCCUAUUCAACAAAGUGACUCAAAGACAGUGAAAAAAAUAGAUUUGCUGCCCAAGCCUGGUACAUGCCCAAGCCCGCCAUCAGAUGUGUCGUUGUUAACCUGUAUACCAAGUCGAGACUGCAUGUAUGAUUCUCACUGUGAAGGUUCUAAGAAGUGUUGCUACAAUGGUUGUGGAUCGUAUUGUGUCCAACCCCAAGAGACACCAUCUUCAGCACAAGGAAUGACUAUUCAAGCACCUCUUUGUGAAGCUGAUGGCUCCUUUGCACGUGAGCAGCGUUCUGGUGGUCUGACUUGGUGUGUAGAUGCAAAAGGUCGUCCACUUCAUGAAACAUUGACCCGAGGACAUGUUAAAUGUGGUCCUAAUGGUCAGAUUCUUGAGCAAGUAUCUAUUGGAUUUGUUUGCCAGCAGGGCGUAAGACCUAGAGUGUGUAAAGAUGAAUGCCUACGAGCUUCAUGUCAUUCCCAUCCAGAUGCAGUUUGUGUAGCUGAUCCCUGCAAUGACUGCCGGGUUACUUUCUACAGUGCCACUGGUGAAAAGGUACACUGCCAGAGCAGAUGUUCCCAGCCAUUAGCUAAAGGAAUGUGUCGUGCCUCAUUCAAAAGGUAUUUCUACAACUCAACAGCUGACCAAUGCCAAGAAUUCAUUUUUGGUGGCUGUCUUGGAAAUGACAACAACUUUGAUGAUGUAGAGGAAUGUCAGCGAGAUUGUCAGAACCCUGAUAUAUGCAGUCAACCAGUACAGGCUGGAGUGUGCACAGGAGGAGAAGCCCGUUGGUAUUACAACACUGAAACAAGGAAAUGUGAACCGUUCUUGUACAGUGGAUGUGGAGGAAAUGGAAACAACUUUAGGACUAAAAAUGAAUGUGAAGCAAGAUGUCCUAAUAUGGUGUUGUGCCCGUACUGGUCAGCAGCCAGCAUGGAACCACAGCCAUGCUCAAGGGCAGAAGCUUGCCAUAACAAAACUUGUCAUGGGCAUCCUGAUGCUGUUUGUCAGACUGAUCCUUGCACUUGCACAGCCCAUUUUGUUAAUGAACAUGGUCUUCCAGUCACCUGUCUCUCACCCACUGAAGCUCCAAAGACACGUUUAACUUUCACCUUCGAAGAACAGGACUCUGGUAGUAAUAGUGGAAAUUCAGAAGACAUUGUCAGUGAUGACAGCAUUGGCCAAGGUGGGAUGAAAACAAAAAGUCAUAGCGUAGGAGGUCCGGUAACUAUAUAUCUCGAGGGGGAACCAACUUUGACACGCUGCCAGCUCCUUCAACGACAUCUUCAAGAAAACAACUCCCUUAAGUACAUUGCACAGUGUGAUGAAGAAGGAAAAUUUAUCCCAACCCAAUGUUACACAGCCACUGAAGGGGAGGAUGGCCAACUUGAAGAACCAAAAUGUUGGUGUGUUGAUGAAACUGGAAGGAAGACUCAGCCAACUGUAUACUUCAGACGUGGCGAAAGAGAAUGUGAUUUGGUAGCAGUGGAGUCUGUUGUGGUAACACUUGGAUUCAGAGGACGAGAAGCUGGCAUCAAACACUUAGCAAAAUCCAAAGGGCCCCAGAUUAAAGAUCAGGUAAAAGGUCUUCUAAAACAAAUGACAGCCGAGACUUUGGAGAAUGAAGUUGGAGUUGUUGAUCUCCCAGAUUUGACACAGGUUAAGUUUACUCUUCUUGGAAACAACAAGAUAGAUGUUGCAUAUCAGCUAGAAGAAAAGGUCAAGAAUGGUCAACUUGCUCUAGAACUUGAUGAUGCGCGUUUGCCAGCUGAUCUACGUGCUUCUUGGUUCCAUCACCAAGUAUCAGAGCCAAGAUGGGAAACACCUCUUGAAGUUCGUUCUGGUACGAGAGAAGUUGUAAGUGAAGCAGUGGCUCUUGAACCACCAUACCUGGCAGCUACUGUAAUUUUCACAGUCAUCUCUGCUAUGCUAGUGUGUGGCCUUGUUGUAGCUGUAGUGCUCUAUCAGAGGCACAAAACUGGUCAAUAUCCUAAGGGUCCACGAGGAUCUAUGCAGUCGUUAGCUUUCAGCGAUUCUUCGCUCGAUCGCCGAAGUACAUCAUCACGUUUAUCCGACCAGUUUCAGCCUCCUCCUCCACAUCGACCCACAGUAACUACUGUGGAAAAUGAAUAUCGUCGAGGUCGUCAUUAGAUGUGAGACAUCUUUAAAUCGUAGAUACUAUACAUGUUAUUUGCAUAAUCUGUUCUUGUCACAUCUAAAAAAUUAGUUAUAAUAAGAAUGCCCUUGCUGGGUAAGAGUCUGACCAAAGGUAUGAAGCAUUACUGUAUGAAAACUAUGCACCAGUAAAUUUUAAUGUAACCAUAAACCCUAAGAUAGUCUUGACUACCCUCAGGAGACCAAUAUUUCAUUAUACAGUAUAAAGUUGUUCAGCAAAUUACAUGAAUCUAUUACAGAAUUAUUUGACUUAGGAAGUUUUGUAUGGUUUUUGUUAAGCAGCUAUAAAAUAAUGGUAAAAUUUAAAAUAUAUGAGUUUUGUAUGGUCUUGUUGAACAGUUUUAACGUUUAAAAUUUAAAAUAUAUGAACUAAAGAAAAUAUCAUUCGCUUGUCACUCAUCAAAUAAGUUUACGUAUAUGCAUUUAUUUACAUUACAGUUACUUAUACCUCCUUGAUAAAAUUUUUGUAUUCUUAAAACCAAUGCAUAGUCUUCAUACAGCACAGGCAGUUGCUUAUUUCAAUAGAGCAGUAUGCAAAACAAACUAUAAACACAAUGGCAAUAAUUAUGAGAAUGUGGAUUUUUUUGGCCACACAGCAGUGAAGCACACAAAUAAUUAUAAAGAAUGUUAUGCUGAAGCUUUGGUCCAUUUGUUUUAUUAGUAAAAUGAUACGUAAGGAAUAAUUUUUAAAGAAAUAUUUUUGUAAAAUUUGGAUUCAUGUCCCAUGGUUUAAAAUUUAAUGCACUCAUGUACACAGUGCUGAACAGAUGAUGAUGACUGAUAGACUGGAACUUAACACAUGGAGUAUUACAGAGGUAAAGUUGUGAUGGAAACUUUUGGUAAUGGUUAAUAUAGAAUGAUUGGCAAACUUUAUGUACGUACAGACAUUUUUGUAAUAUACAUGAACAGUCAUUAAAAUAAACAAAAAAAUUUUGUGAUUUGUUAAGAGGCACAUUUAAAAGAACUACAGUAUAGAAUGAUUCACUACUGUUGAACCAUGAGUGGUUUUGAACAUGAACUGAAAAAUUGUCAGACUUAAACAAUUUACACACUGGAGAAAUGUGGUAUGUGGGAAGAUUAUAAGCACUAAGAACCAGGACACAUUUGCACUAGCAGACUUCAGAGAAGACUUUUACAAGUAUGACAUAUGGUUCUUUGUCUCAUUAAUUUUCCUCUCCUUUGUCUCUCAUUAAUUUUCUUCAACACAAACCUUCUGGAACUGAAUAAGUUCAUAGGAAAAACAAAUAAUUUAGAUGUAAGAUAAGUUCAAUUGGUAUCAGUAACUUUUUUGAAGGCCUACCUUUUCUUUCAGUGUAACAUUACAAUUAAUUACAAUUUGUUAAUAUUGCUGGUCUAGAAAGGCUGGUUACACUGUAAGAAUAUAAAUUAAAAAUUAAAGGUUUAAAUUUGUUAUAACGGUAUUAAUGGCACAAAUGUAUAAAAUUAUAGGAUGUUAUGCAGUGUAAAGACUAGAAGAGAAAAGGGAAAAUCAAAAAUCAAAUAUAAACAAAUUCUAAUAACUACUCUACAGUACUAUUUGAAAUGCUAUAAAAGUACUACAUACACAAAUUAUUUGUGCUUGCCUGUUCUUAGAGUAUACACAGUUUAGUUGAGGGCUUGAAUCAGCGUUUUUAAGGUUAUUUUUAACUAUUUGCACCACAGUUAAAAUAAUAAGACCAUUUUAAAGUAAACUUAUUAAUGAAUGACAACUGGUUUGAAAAAUACAAGGCCACUAAGCAAUUGUCGUUGUUUCUGAAGGAAACUUCUUCAGCUAAGAAGCAUUUACACUUGAGUAUCACUGUCAGUUUACAGUAUUUCAUUUAAUUAGUAACUUUCUAUAUAAAGGAAGGCCAUAUGUAUACAUUUAGUAUAUAUAUUAUCCCAGUUUGAAAUUCUCAAACAAUCAUUAAUUAUGGUUAUUUAAUAUACUUUCAUUGAACUUCAUUUAAUAUGGACCUACUUUGUCAUUUUCAAAUAAAUAAGUGUCUGCUUAUUAAAUUCAUCAGAAAUGUGUGCUUAAAAACAUAACUUAAGUUUACUGUCAAAAGACCAGCUCCAGUGAAAAGUUAUAGUGUCCACUUCUAAUUCUGUAAAGAUGGUGUUAAAUGAUCUUUCAAUUGCUACUUCACUGUUCCUCUGGUUUUGAGGAAACCGUUUACAUUUUGUAAUCUUCAUUUACAGUGGUUGCAGUAAUUCCUUCGAAGUUGGAAUACAGUGCUACACUGGCAUUUUCCUGAAUAUAUUACAGAAAAAUUCUAAGGCCAAUAUUUGUGCUUUAGCUCACACCCUCUACGAUAACAAUUAGCAGAUGUAGAAAUUUUGAUCAGGAGUGGUUUGCAUAUUUUGUGUAUGGGAAAGAACGAGCCUUAAAUUUAUUUUUAUGUUAAAGAAAACUAGAAUGAUAAACUAAAAAUAGCAUCUAUAAUCUUAACAGUAAAAGCAAACAGUUCUUGUUGACAUGAGAGAUGCUUUUGUUUAGUUAAGAACGUAAAAUAACUUUCUUUGCUGCCUGAAAAUGAUAAUUCCAAAUGAAACAUUCCAUUCAUCAUUGAAAGCAUCACUCACUUGGUUACCAGUUGAAUCGUUACACUUUUGGUAGUAUCACAUAAUGGUAGAUUAUAACAGAAACAAAUUUCUAGUACACAGUAGUUACAAAGUUGCCAAAAUGGCCUUUGUUCAUUACCACUUGACAUGGCUGAAAGUUGCUAAAAAUAAACAUUCAUUUAGAAAAAAUUAUAUCGAGGCAUUUCUACAUGCUUGCUUUAAAAUAGUGUCGAUGUACUGUAUGUAGAUUAGGUAUUUUUCUAGCCAUUUUUAAAUAUAAUGUAGUUACUUUUGAAUAAGGUCUUGUUCAUAACACAUAUGUUUCAAUAAAACAUAUAAACAAAUUGAUAGUGUUUUAGCAAUAACAAUGUUUGUAUAUUACAGCACAUUCUAUAAAUGUACUAUGCACAACCCAUAUUUUAAUAUACAGUUUAAAUAUAUUACUCUUUCCAUGAGGCCAAUGCAUACAUACUGCAUAUUGAGUCAUUCCCAGUUCACUUAUCUUUCUAUUUGUGUCAUUUUAUUUUCCUGAUGAUGUAAGAAUUCGUCAGCCUUGUUUUGUGCUGGUCACAUGCCUUUUUCUUCUGAAUUCUCUCAAGUUGAAUUUGUUGUAAUUUUGAGCCCAAAGCUUUUUAACAAAACAGUUAAUUUCAAGCCAAGAACUCGUUAAUAGAGCAGUAAUUUUCAACUUGCUUUCUUCAGGUGGCACAAAAUUUGUACUUUUAAUGCUAAGUUUUGUAAGUCUGGUAUUGGUAGCAAUGCCUCAUUCAUUACUCAUUUUCAUAAUUUCAACAGAAAUGCAAUUCACAUUCACAAGCGCAUAUACUUCUGUGCUCGGAGAUCUUACAACAUUUUUGCAGUCUUCUGCAGUAUGAAUGCUAUUUUGCAAACAUGAUUUAUGAUUAAUUUUUCCCUUUUUUUAAUUAAAAAAUAAACAACAUCAACAGUAUUACCAGUACAGUAUGAUGAGAUUUUCUUACAUCAUACAAGACAUUGAAGUUAAAACUGAAACUUCACAAAUGCUAAUCUCCAAACAGUAAUUUAAGUGUCUGACAGAAGUUGAGUUCAGCGUAGUUUUAGGUAUUGGCCUUGCAAGCGCUUACUCUCUUUUGGAGUGGCACUCAGUCAGUGUCUCCUUUGCGUCUUUUAUUAUUCUAGAAUUAGACUUUUAUCUUUGUAAUGUUAUAUACUUUAGAAGAUUAAGAAUUACAAAUCAUCCAAUUAUCAUUUCUUUCUGGUAAAAUUGCAAUUGCAUGUCAAUGUAUAUUUGUAUAUAAGGUGACUGCUCUUACGUCUCACUCCAUUCAUGCCAUUUAUGUAUCUUUUAUGUCAAUAGGCAUAAGUUACGUCAAUUUGUAUCAUAUAUUUAAGUUAUGUUUAAUAAAUUUAUGCCAAAUCAUAUUUACA